CUUCUCCCCUCGGGGAGGCCAGGCAGGAGGAGGAGGAGAAGGAGCCGCACCGCUCGCCCCUUGUCACAUCGCAUCCAUUGGCCGCGUGUGCACGGGAGCGCGGCGCCCAGCCAGCCAGCCUUCUCCUCUCUCCCUCCCUCCCUCCCCAGCAAGUUGUAAGGAGGCGUCGAAUCCCUUCGCUUUCUCUCUCUCUCUCUCUCUUUCCUUCCCUCCACCUCCACCACUUCCAACUUUUCCCAGUGUUGCUGCUCAGCGCUACUACGGAGAGAAAGCCAUGACGGAUUACAAAAGCCGCGGCGAAGGGCGCAGCCGAGCCAGCCCUUCUGAACUGAGCCUGAGGUAGUAGCCGAGGGCAGAGGAAGAGACAGACGAGGAGGAGGGUCAAGGAAGGAAGGAAGGGAAAGGAGGGAAGAGGGCCUCCGCCUGGCGCCAGGGACCCCCAAGACGCCGACACAGCCAAAUGAAUUAAGAGUUGCUGAUUAUGCCUCGAAGUCCAACAUCAAGUGAAGAUGAGAUGGCUCAGAGUUUUUCAGAUUAUUCAGUGGAAUCUGAGUCAGACAGCUCCAAAGAAGAAACCAUUUAUGAUACUAUCCGGGCCACGGCAGAAAAGCCAAGCAGGAGGAUGGAGGAUGCCCAGAACAACACAUUGGUGAUAAGGAUUAUAAUACCUGACCUACAGCAGACGAAAUGUAUUAGAUUCAAUCCUGAAGCUUCAGUGUGGGUAGCAAAACAACGAAUUCUUUGCACAUUGAAUCAAAGUUUGAAAGAUGUUCUCAAUUAUGGCUUGUUCCAGCCUGCAAACAAUGGGAGAGAUGGGAAAUUUUUGGAUGAGGAACGCCUACUUAUGGAAUAUCCUCAACCUGUUAAUAAGGGAGUUCCAUCCUUGGAGUUUCGAUACAAGAAGAGGGUAUACAGACAAUUGAAUCUUGAUGAAAAGCAGUUAGCUAAGCUUCAUACAAAGGCAAAUUUUCGAAAAUUUAUGGACCAUGUUCAUCACCUUUCAGUAGAAAAAUUAACAAAGAUGUUGGACCGAGGACUUGAUCCAAACUAUCAUGACUUAGAAACUGGAGAAACCCCACUAACGUUGGCAGCUCAACUUAACAAUAGUGUUGAAGUGAUCAAAGCUCUGAAAAAUGGAGGAGCCCAUUUAGAUUUCAGAGCCAAAGAUGGAAUGACAGCAUUACACAAAGCAGCUAGAGCCAAGAACCAAAUCAUUUUGAAGACUCUGUUAGAGCUUGGAGCAUCUCCCAACUACAAGGAUAGCUGUGGACUGACUCCACUGUAUCACACUGCUGUUGUUGGAGGAGAUCCAUAUUGUUGUGAGCUAUUACUUCAUGAACAUGCUACUGUUGGUUGCAAGGAUGAAAAUGGAUGGCAAGAGAUUCACCAGGCUUGUCGAUACGGACAUGUCCAGCAUUUAGAACAUUUUCUGUUUUAUGGAGCCGACAUGGGAGCACAAAAUGCUUCUGGAAAUACAGCAUUGCAUAUUUGUGCACUUUACAAUCAGGACAGCUGUGCAAGAGUUUUGUUGUUACGAGGAGCCAAUAAGGAAUUAAAGAACUAUAAUAGCCAGUCUCCAUUUCAGGUGGCUAUAAUUGCUGGAAAUUUUGAGCUUGGUGAAUACAUCAAGAAUCAUAAGGAAACUGAUAUUGUGCCAUUUAGAGAGGCUCCUACCUACUCAAAUAGAAGACGGAGGCCACAAAGCACUUUGGCAACACCUCGUGUCUUGCUUCGAUCCAACAGCGAUAACAAUCUGAACGUCAACGUUCCUGCCUGGUCAGCCUCCUCUUUAGCUUCUUCACACCGUAGCCUUUCGCCUCACCUACUGCAGCAGAUGCAGAAUAAUCCCAAUGGAACUGUGAGAACAGUUGGGAGCUACACUUCAUCUUCUCGGAGCCGCUCACCAUCAUUAAAUAGGUUAGGAGAGGAUGCAAAACGGCAGCAACACCGGCAUGUCAGUGCCAGCUAUAACCCCAGUGCCAACAAAGAUGCUAUAUCUGCCUUGGAAUAUCAGGGUCCCAAACGCAAACUUUAUAGUGCUGUACCUGGAAGACUGUUUAUUGUCGCGAAGCCAUAUCAACCUCAAGGAGAUGGGGAAAUUCAUUUGCAUAAAGGGGACAGGGUAAAAGUUUUGAGCAUUGGCGAAGGUGGCUUCUGGGAAGGCAGCACUCGAGGACAUAUUGGAUGGUUUCCUGCAGAAUGUGUUGAGGAAGUGCAAUGUAAACCUAAUGAAAGCAAACCAGAAACUCGAGCUGAUAGAACAAAGAAAUUGUUUAGACACUAUACUGUUGGAUCAUAUGACAGCUUUGAUGCUUUAAGAAGAGAGAGAGAAGAAACGGAUAUGCCUUUUAGAACACCAUCUCUUUUCAAGAAUGGAGGCGAUUUUUUAAAGAGGAAAAGUGACUGCAUUAUAGAAGAAAAGGCAGUGGUCCUGCAGAAAAAAGACAAUGAAGGAUUUGGGUUUGUGCUCAGAGGAGCUAAAGCUGAUACACCUAUUGAAGAAUUCACCCCAACUCCAGCCUUUCCUGCUCUGCAGUACCUGGAAUCAGUGGAUGAAGGCGGGGUAGCAUGGCAAGCUGGCCUGAGGACAGGAGACUUUUUGAUCGAGGUUAAUAAUGAAAAUGUAGUAAAGGUUGGCCACAGGCAGGUGGUAAACAUGAUUCGGCAAGGAGGCAAUCACUUAGUACUUAAAGUUGUCACAGUAACCAGGAAUCUUGAUCCAGAUGACACAGCCAGAAAGAAAGCCCCUCCACCUCCAAAGCGGGCUCCAACCACUGCACUGACCUUGCGGUCUAAGUCAAUGACCUCAGAGCUUGAAGAGCUUGCUUCAGUACGGAAGAAGAAGGAUAUUUUCCCUUCACAUUUUGAAGGUUUGAAGAAGAGGAUUGUUUUUCGAGUCACACUAAAUAAAGUCGAUGAAAUAGUACCAGUUUCCAAGCCAUUAAGAAUUCAUGACAAUGCAGCUGUGGACUCCAGAGUGGCAACAAUUAAGCAACGCCCUUCUAGUAGAUGUUUUCCCCCAGCGACAGAUAUGAAUUCCAUGUAUGAAAGACAAGGAAUUGCUGUGAUGCCACCUACGGUACCUGGGAGUAUACAAGGCCCAUUCCUGGGCGUACCACGAGGUACAGUAAGGAGACAAAAAUCAAUAGGGAUAACAGAGGAAGAACGGCAAUUUUUGGCUCCCCCCAUGCUAAAAUUUACUAGAAGUCUAUCCAUGCCAGACACCUCUGAAGAUAUCCCUCCACCACCACAGUCUUUACCUCCAUCACCACCUCCUCCUUCUCUUUACAACUCUCCCAAAUCUCCAAUGGCUAGAAUAUAUGGAACAAUUAAGCCUGCGUUUAAUCAGAAUUCAGGUACAAAGAUAGCUAUUUCAGGUAGAUUUGAAAAUAUGGGGACAGUGAUAAGGGACAAAGGCAUAUAUUACCGGAGAGAGAUGGAUCGUUAUUCUCUAGAUUCUGAGGACUUAUAUAGCAGGAAUGCCGCAACUCAGGCAAGCUUCAGAAACAAGAGAGGUCAGAUGCCGGAAAAUCCAUACUCUGAAGUUGGAAAAAUAGGAAACAAAGCAGUGUAUGUCCCAGCCAAACCAGCGAGACGGAAGGGAAUGCUAGUGAAGCAAUCUAAUGUUGAGGAUAGUCCAGAAAAAAUCUGCUCCAUUCCAAUUCCCACCAUCAUUGUUAAAGAACCAUCUACCAGCAGUAGUGGGAAAAGUAGUCAAGGAAGCAGCAUGGAAAUUGACCCACAAUCUUCAGAGCAACCAGGACAGCUCAGACCUGAAGAUAACUUGACUGUCAGUCCAUUUGCAGCAGCCAUUGCUGGAGCAGUGAGGGACAGGGAGAAAAGAUUAGAAGCCAGGCGUAACUCUCCAGCAUUCCUCUCCACAGAUUUGGGAGAUGAGGAUGUUGGUCUAACACCUCCAACACCACGUAUGAGACAGUCUAAGUUUAGUGAUGAUGGCAUGUUUAGUAAUGAAGACAGUUUUAGGCAACUUGUAUCACAGUCUCCUAUCCCAGCACCUAGAGAAUCUGAAAAUAUUUUCAAUAGUAAUGAAUUGAGUAAUCAGAAUGAUGCAAGGAUACCAAAUUCUUCAGGCCAAACACCAGUGGGUUCGGAAAACAAUGCAUUGGCAACUCAGGAUGCUGGUAUGUCCAGUUUGGAUAACUAUGUUCAUCCACUCACAGGGAAAUUACUAGAUCCAAAUUCACCUUUAGCCCUUGCCCUUUCAGCCAGAGAUAGAGCGAUGAAAGAGCAAACCCAGCAAAUUCCAGGAAAAGGAGAAUCUGGCAAAGCGGACCUUAAUAAACCCCUUUAUAUUGAUACAAAGAUGAGAUCCAAUAUUGAAACUUCAUUUCCAGUGACAGCUACCGUUGCUAGGCAAAAUACACGUGGUCCUCUGAGAAGGCAGGAAACGGAGAACAAAUAUGAAACAGAUAUGUCAAAAGAGAGGAGGCCAGAAGAAAAGAAGAACAUGCUGAUAAACAUUAUGGAUACCUCACAGCAGAAGUCAGCUGGUUUGCUUAUGGUUCAUACAGUAGACACAACACAAUCCAGUGAUAUUCCUGAAAAUGAAGAUGAAAAUGUUGAAACAGAUGUAAAUACUGAAAAAACUCCACCAGAAACCCAGGAAAGUACAGGAACAGUAGAAAGUGGACUGGAUGCUGCUGCCAUGCCUCAGCCACCUGCAUCUCCCUGCAAAACUAUUGUAGCCGUUGGAUCUGUUGAUGAGCCCGUUAUUUUGCCAUUCCGCAUCCCUCCACCUCCUUUAGCAUCUGUUGAUCUUGAUGAAGAUUUCAUCUUUACUGAGCCAUUACCUCCUCCUUUAGAAUUUGCAAACAGUUUUGAUAUCCCUGAUGACCAUGUAGUCCCAGGCUCUGCACUAGCAGAAUUGCUGAAACAGAGAAAAAAUGGAACUCCUUCAGCUUCAUUCAACCCUAUUCAGCCCUCAGAUUCAAUAGACAGUAAGAAACCAGUGGGUCUUUCAAACUGUUUGCCUGCCUCUUUUUUACCACCCCCUGAAAAUUUUGAUAAUGUCACUGACUCUGGGAUUGAAGAGGUGGACAGUCGAAGCGGUAGUGACCAUCACCUAGAGACAACCAGCACUAUCUCAACUGUGUCCAGCAUCUCUACCUUGUCUUCUGAAGGUGGUGAGAACUUGGAUACUUGUACUGUCUAUGCAGAUGGGCAAACAUUUCUGGUGGACAAACCUCCAGUACCUCCUAAGCCAAAAAUGAAGCCCAUAAUCAACAAAAGCAAUGCACUUUACAAGGAUGCGCUCAUUGAAGAAACUGUAGAUAGUUUUGUUAUUCCUCCACCUGCUCCACCCCCACCUCCUAUUAGCACACAGCCUGGUAUGACUAAAGUUGGACAGCAAAGGACUUCUAAGCUAUGGGGUGAUGUAACAGAAAUUAAAAGCCCAGUUCUCUCAGGCCCAAAGGCUAAUGUUAUUAGUGAAUUGAACUCAAUACUACAACAGAUGAACAGAGAUAAAUCCUCAAAGCCAGGAGAAGGAUUGGAGUCGCCUACAGGAACAAAAGCUGCAAGUCUUAGUACAAGGAGCACAGAAGUCAUGAGCACGGUCUCAGGUACUCGGAGUUCAACCAUCACGUUUACUGUCCGGCCUGGGACUAGCCAGCCCAUCACGCUGCAGAGUCGAUCCCCAGACUAUGAUAGUAGGACAUCAGGAGCAAGGCAUGCUCCAAGCCCGGUGGCUUCACCAACAGAGAUAAGUAAAGACAUCUUGCCGGCUCCUCUGACAGCUGCUGCUCCAGUUGCAUCUCCUUCUCCAACCCUUUCUGAUGUUUUUAGCCUACCCAGCCAGCCUCCUUCGGGCGACCUCUUUGCUUUGAACACAGGGCGCAGCAGGUCUCCUUCUCCCUCCAUAUUGCAACAGCCAAUCUCAAAUAAACCUUUUACAACUAAGCCUGUCCACCUGUGGACUAAACCAGAUGUGGCAGAUUGGUUGGAAAGUUUAAACUUAGGUGAACAUAAAGAGACAUUUAUGGAUAAUGAAAUAGAUGGCACUCACUUACCAAACCUUCAGAAGGAAGACUUGAUAGACCUUGGAGUGACUAGAGUUGGCCACAGGAUGAACAUAGAAAGAGCCUUGAAACAGCUGUUGGACAGAUAAGAACGGCUGCUCUUGCCUCACAAACCUUUGUUAUAAAUAGAGAUAGGCUGGUACUGAAACACCCCAAAUGCCUUGGCUCCCCAAGAGUACCACCAAUUUAAUGCAUCAGUCAGUCCCUGUAGUUUCUGAUUUGCAGCAAUGCAGAUUGUAAGUUUAGUAUCCAGGAGCAACCUCAGGUAAAUUCACAUUAAUGGGACCAUAUAUAUUAAAAGGGGAGGGGGGAAGUAGAAGGAAUAAGGAAAGUAAAUCGUUGCUAACUUGAUGAACCAUGCUGAUUUUUUUUCUCCUUUUACUGUGCUGGGAGGGCACACAUACACGCAACAUAUAUCCUUUUCCAUAUUCGUGAAAUUAUUUCCAGUCCUCCGGAAUGCCUUUCUGCUUGAACAACAAUGUUCUAGUUUCCUUUUGGUUUGAAACUCACAGGUGUGUGUCCCUUCACAAUGAAGUCUUGUGCUCAGCACUUUUUGCAGUCUCUGCUUCCCUCACCACUGCACUUGACCAUUACACUAGUGCCCAUGCACCUGUAAGUUGACUUCUCGGUGGAUUUUCCCAUUCUGAUUUCCAGUUCUUCCCACUGAUGUUUCAUACUAACCUUCAAGUUUUCAGAAUGUAUUACUGCAUUUAAUUAAACACAGCAUUCAUACAGCCAGAGAUUUCAAAUAUUCCUUUGUGACAUCUUUUUGACCAGAUUAUGAUGUUUCUUGGUAAUGAAAGUAGUUCUUGUCUUCCAGUGAAUCUGUGUUGCCUAAACCUAAGUCUUUGUUUUUCCAUUUAUGUUUAGCGUGUUCCAAAGUUGCAAGAUAACUUUCAAGCAUGCUUCCUUUCCAUAUAUACAAAAGUAAAACCUGUGGAGGCUACCUAAGAAAUCUGUCCUAGCUAUCUGAAAAGGAAAUAAACAUGUUUAAAGCUUGCAAUAAAAGACAUUGGUUGUAGGGCGAUACUUCAGUUUAGAUGUAUUCAGAUGCUUAUAUGUUGGAUUUGGAUGACAGAUUGGUAUUUUAAUGUGGCAUUUACUGUCACUUUUUCAAAGUAGUAAAUACUAUUAAAUCUGUUUUCUUCCACCUUUCUGUCCUGUAAUCACUCUGAAAAUAUGGAACCAGAGAUAUGUAGCAGGAAAGAACUUUUACAGGUUUCUAGUAUUAAAGAAGUGAACAUUUCUUACAAUGCUGCAAUUCAGAGAUCCUCUCAUAUGAGUGGGACAUUUUCCCACUACUACCCCAUACCUACUUAGGCAAUCCCUCAUUGUCCAAGUAUGAGGGCCCUCCAAAUGUGAUGUCUUGAUGGUGGAUUCAUAGGUGGCUUCCUCUUAUAUGUCCUCCAAAGAGUGGACCAGCACCAGGUCAAGGCAGGGGCAGCUAAUACCAUUCAAUGUCCUUGACUGACAGAGGUAGUUCCUGCUGUUGAUUUCUCUGCUCUCCUUGCUCCCUGCCCUGCACAAUUAGUCCCACUGCUUUAAGAGGAUUUCAUCUAGAGAAACUCAUUUUUAUGUAUAGAUUGCUCUUGCUGGAUCAAAAUGCUCAUGGGUGGCAUGAAGCCCAAUCACAGCUAUGAUCCAAAAAGCCAUAAGAACCAAAUACUGCUUCUGCGGACUGUAUGUAGGUGCACAAACUCUGGCACAAGCUAUUGUUGCAAUUCAUUGUGUGCAGAGGGGGCUUAUCCAGCUUGAAGAGGAUCUUUGGAUGCAAACUAACCACUCUCACUUACAUGAGAAAACUUACCCUUGCUGAGGCCACCCAGCAAAAGCUUGUUUUCACAUGUAGGAGUGCAUCUUUAGGUCUUUGGUUGGGUCUCUUGGUGUUUAACAGUUAUUUCUUGUGUUCAUAAAGAAACAACAUUAACAUGUAAAAUAUUGUGUAUGUUUUCAGAAUUGGUUUUAUGAAAACAAUGGGUCGCUGUUAUCAUGGGUCUCUGAUACCAGGGACACCUUUUCUGAUAAUCAAGAAUCUAAUAACUGGAAUCAAUGUUUUUCUAAAAUUUUUAAAAAUCCAGCAAUUCCAUUUCUCCAUUACCAAAUGGACUAGAGCAACAUUUCAAGAGAACAUUCUCAUUUUCAGGAGAUGUGUUGAAACAAAGAUAACAAGUUAACAGGGGAUUUUAUCAAAAAUAUAUUGAUUUAUUAUGGAGAUCAGAAUGCAUAAUUUGAAAGGUAAUCUUUUAUGGUAAGAAUUUGGUAAUGUUUAUGAAGAUUGACGCUAUCAAUGUAUGCUCUCCCCCAUCCUGAGUAAUGUUUCAGAAAUGUGGUUCUCAGCUGCACAAAAGCUUUAGCCUUCAUUAUAGCACUAAGUGACAUCUGAUUGGUUGCUCAAAUAUCAUGAAUUUUAAUUUUUAAAAGGCCUCCUAUUUUUGGCAGGCAUCUACCACACAUUCUAUCCUUCUUCAUUCCUUUCCAUGUUCCAGCCUAUCUCUAAUUAUACUUUUGUUUUCUCACAACCAAGUGUCUAAUUAGGUCUGCAACAGCCCUAGAAGUAGUACAUAAAGUUUAGCAAUUUCAAUAUCUUUCGUUAUUGCAAGUUUAAAUAGUUGUACAGCUAGUUUAUAAGCACAAUAUUUUAAGAAUAUAAGUGGCUGGUCUACUGGGCAGCCUUUGUGCCACUUCAAUGCUAGAAAUUAAAAAAAAUAAAACUUUUGUGGUUUACUACUAUUUCUGUGGAAUAAUUUUUAAGUUUGGACCUUUUUAAAUCAACCUCAUUUGGAUGCAUCUGAACCAGCAGAGCUGUGUUAUAUUUUCUAUCUUUGCUAGAACUUCUUCAGAAGAUGCGUCUUUCUUCAAACAUGGUUACAAUUAACAAUGCAGUGGUUAAUUCUGAAACGCUAAUAUUCAUCUCUCUCUCUCGCUCGCUCUUCCUUCUACCCCACUCCCGGCAAAAACUGGUCUUUUGACUUAACAGCUGUUGUCCCACGCUUUGCAGGUUUUUAUUUGCAUUUGAAAGUUCCACGUAACCUUGUAAUUAAAAUCUAGUGGAAAUGUAAAAGGACUGAGAUUUCCAUAAUUACAUAGAUUUUUAUGGAGACGAUGACAUUCACAUUUUCAGUGGCUACAAAAAGCCAUCAAAUAAUUGGGAGGGGGGAGUGUAUACAAAACAAAAAGAGAAAUCAGCCAUCAUUGUCUUCCAUUUGGUGAUAUUACAGAAUUCAGUAAAUAAACCAUGAACGCCAUGAUACUUUUUGUUUCUUUGGAUGCAGUUGGUGUUACCUCUAUAAUACGUGCCAGGAAAUACAUUAAAACUAAUGAUAGGAAAAGAAAACAGGAAAGAAAUACUUUUAAGCUGAUGUUAUUCAUAACCUUUUACUCUUCAAUAUUGAUGAUGUACACAAAGUUACAGGUGAUGGCAAUCCCUUCCUUAAAGGGGACCUCUUACAUAUGUUAUCUUAUUUCAGGCACUUAAAUAGUGGGUACAUUAUAGUAGAGAAGAGAUUUAAACAUCAAAGAGCUAAUGAAAUAGUUUAUUUUUACAUUGUGUCUUAUAAUCUAAGGGUAAUAGAGCCUGCAAGAAACAAUAACAAUAAAGUACACCUUUGCCAAGAUAAAGUAGUUUUUAAGCACUGUUUGCUGGUUUUAUCACAGAAAGCAAUAGUAACAGAUAUCGUGUUCCCUCCUGUCAUCUUGAUCUCUUUUUAAAAUGCUGGGGGUGAGCUUGGCCCUUCUAAUGUCCUGCUACUAUGAUGGUGCAAAAUAAGGUGUUCAAGAUAAUAUGGUUAAUGAUAUUCCAGGUUUUAGGAACAACUUUUGUUUAUAUACUGUAAUUUAAAUAAAUUGCAUUUACAUGCCUAGUUUCUGUAAUAUUUGUGUAUACAAUACCAAAAUCACACAAGAUGUAAAUUGUGUAUAACUGCACAGAGUUCUUUCCCUGGAUGUCUAGGAACAUUUAAGUUUUAAUUCAUAUAUUCUAAAAUGACUCUAUGUGACUGUUGAUUUACAUAAUUUACAUAUCACAAAAGCUAACUAUUUGUGGUACUUAAAUUAAUAAAAGUGAUUUUCUGAGUUCCUUUACAAAUAAGCAUUACCCAGUUGAUCUGGCAAUGACUCUACGUACGAGCCUCUACUACUGAUAAUUUUCCCAUUGCAUUUUUUCUUUUCUUUUCUAGAUAGUAAGGUUUUUUGCUAUUGUUUGUGUAACAACUGGUAUUCAUGUUAUCUAUGUUGCUGUAAUUUUUGUGCUUUAAUUCCUCUUAUUUUAAACUGAUUAAAACAAAAUCAAGCUCCUGUAACUUGCACUUUCCCUACUCCUUACUACUCUUGUAUGGCAACCAAAAUUACUGUAAGAAAUAAAUAUAAUAUUGCACUAAGGUUGUGGUUCUGAUUGCAAACAGUAAAACAGUCUGAAUUGUUUGUUUUUCAGAAGAGUUGCCAGUUCUACUAUUUGAUAUUAUAGAAAACAUUUUUAAAACUAAAUUUACUUCUAAUUUAGCUCCAGUGAGGUGCCUGACUAUUCAAUUCAGAGUUAAAUCAUACCGAUUUAUCAUCAAGAUAAAUCAAACAAUAAAUGAGAAUAACUCAAUAAAUGAGAUCAAAUUAGGUUGGAUCAUGAGCAAAAACAUCCAUUUAUGUUAGGAGGUAUUGAUUUCUUGCUUUGAGGUCUGAUUUAUUAAGUGGUUUUUGAAAAAAUAAUAUUUCUGUGUAUUUUAGUUCAUGAUUCAGCCAUUAAAUUAUAAGUUUGGUCAAUUACUGUUAAGAUGCUGUAUGAGAACACGUUACAGACAAUAAGCAAGAGCCUUGAUCCAGAAAUCCUCACGCUCUGGGCUGCGUGCAAGGAUCUCCAUCACCACACAGAUGGUUUUCCUCUGUUUAUACAUCCAACAAGGCCGAUCACUCAUGUGGUGAAAGCAUCAAGAUUUGUGUCACCUUUUUAUUGGGACAGGAGCCACACUUCCACAGAGCUGAAUACGCUCUCCUCCUUUUGCAGUUAUCUUUUGCACAUGACAGAUUUAUAUUCAGAAAGGAUGAUUGGGAGAAAAAUACAUUUCACGUAUCCAUGUAAAAGAGAUAUCAGCAUCAGGACUAUGCUUCCUGUUGCUAAGAUUCUGCAGUGAGACUUCAUUAAUGCAUAUAGGAGUUCUCAGUUUUUUGUUCCAACAAGGAAAGGUCGGAGUGUUGUGUGGUUUCCGGGCUGUAUAGCCAUGUUCUAGUAGCAUUUUCUCCUGGUUGUUUCACCUGCAUCUGUGACUGGCAUCUUCAAAGGAUCCUGCCAUACAGCCCCGAAACCGCACAACACUCUUGUGAUUCCAGCCUUGAAAGCCUUUGACAAUUCAAGGAAAGGUUGGCUAUUCUAAACCCUAGUUUUUGUCAUCUGACCCCCACCCCAUGCUUUAAAUUGUUUGAAAUGUGAAAAAAAUGCCUUAAAUGCAAUCAUCAAAUUUAUAAUACAUAAAUAGAGCUUAUGACUUGUAUCAAUAAGCCAUGGAUAGAAACUUCCAAGUAUCUGCAUUGUGUUUCAUAAUUCAGGGAAUUUUUAUUUUCUUUAAUUCCUUAAUUUAACGUUUGGUUAUGGCUUUACAUUGGGCCAAUCCUCUCCAAAAUCCACCAUUUUAAAGCUGCACACCAGCCUAGUCCCGGAGAAGAGAGUCAUGGAAGCUGCAGAUAAGCAUCCAACUGUUUUCUUAUAGAUAGACAUUCAGUAACGGAAAUCCACAGAGAAUUCUGGAUGUCUUCCAGAGGCUCCUAUAGAUGUUGUCAUUGCUCUGUGACCAACAAUAGGAAAAAAUUUCCCCUAAUCCCUGAAACAACCCAAAAAUGAGUUGCAGUGGUGAAAUUCUUAUGCUCUUGCAACUGAAUAACAGGAUGCCAGCCAUUUGAUAUUUUCUCAUGAUUCUGAUAACAAAAAAGAUAUAUUUAUACAGUUAAUACUAAUUGUUCCACACACAGUAUAUGAAUUUUUAUUAAUAGGAUCCCCCCACACUGUGAAACUACUGGGGAUAUGUGUGAGUUCAGUCAAUGCUUUGUUCAUUCAAGAAACUAUUAGUAAAGGGAUUGUACUGGGACUUCCUCUUUGUGUUUCACUAUUUUGAUGUUGGAGCAAAUAUCAAAGACUUGCAUCAACUGGCAUAAUAUUCAAGAACACUACCAGCACAGACCACAAAUUAUAUAAUGUACAUCAGAGCACAGUAAAUAAAAGAAAGCAUGUGCCUCAGAUGCUUGAAACCCGACUUGUACAAAAUCAUGUAUCAAAAUGAUGUCAAUGAAAAGAACCAUUUCAACAUCAUUGUAUUGUACAUACAGUGCCUGUUUUCCGAAUCAAAAAGUUCAUUAGUGCACAGCUUUUUAAAACGAUUUAAAUUGCUUAAUGUUGAAAAAGAUUUAUUGGCAGUCUACUCUCAAUAAAACUGUAACUUGAUGAAUCACCUUGAUUUCAAAUAAAGUUGUGCUGCAGUUGUUUCCCAAUAAUAAAUUUGUACAUCUGU